AAAUGGGUGACGGAGGAGAUGCUAUUUUUGAGAUACUUAUCGAACUCCUGUUCUUCGGAGUUAGAGAAUCAUAUCAGUAUAGAUGAGGCAUAUCCAGUAUCCUACCUUUACUAAUUUGGACUUCUGUGGUAGUCAACUUGAUAGCCCUAUGAGCACCCAAGAUUUUGAUAAAAAUAUGAUGAUUCGCUAUUAAUCGCAUCUUGGGAAGAAAAGAAUACAAAAAUCAAAGAGCUCCUUUAAACGAUAGUCCAGCAAUGGUAUUGAGUAAUGAGGUUGAUAUAGAAGGUGGAGUCUCUGAUGAGAAUAACCAUUCUGUCCCAGCAUACACAAUAACUUCAGAAAAUCCUCCUCCUAUCGAGAUCCUUAACGAAUACAGACCAAUCAAUGAAGAACCUUCUGAAAUACCCUCUAAGCCGCCUCUUUUCAGCAUAAACGACUGUGAAAGCGAGAUAAAUUCUGGCGAAAAUACUCAAAAAAAGCCUCUAUUAAGCAAUGAAUAACCAAUU